UGGGCUCUGGGGACGAAAUGUUUUUAAACACAUUUGGGCCUACUUAUGGUAGCAAUUCGGUGAUUAAAAGAGACGUGGAAACUAUAUGGCGGGUAUAAGUGAAAUUUAUACUACGAAAGCGAUGUUAGAUAGUCAGAUGAUGCACAUUGGGAAACAAGUUGACAUGGGUACUUUGGAGUUGAGCAACCAAGACACAGAGUACAAAUUAAGGAGAGUUACAGAAAAGUUCCUUGAAAACAUUCACAUGAUGUUAAAUGAACCGUCCGUUGGGCUUUACAGAGUACAAGAGCAUGUUAGAAGAUCGUUGCCGCAGCUUGUUGAUAAGAAGAUUGAGAUGCAAAGCCUACAAAGGAAAGUGCAAGGAAUAUCUUAUGAUACUGACUAUUCACUCAAGACUGUGCAGUCUAUGCAAAACAUUUCCCACUUCACAAUCAUACAGGAGUGCCUUAAGAGUGCCAUUGCUUCGAAAAAGAACCUAGACUUCAAAAAAGUAGAGAGGAAAGACCAACACCCUGAUGCCACAGCGGAUUCCGAUGAUGAACCAGAGGUUCUUGAAUCUGUCCAGGGGUUCAUCUGCCCAAAUUGUAUGGAGGCGUGGAGAAACGAAGAGGAGCUCCUCCAGCAUUGGCAGUCAGCACAUGGCAACCUCUCCGAUGUAGUGGGAUUUUGCUCAUUUGGAAACUCCAAGGAAUGAAACGGCACCUUCACAGUCCAAGUUUACCUUUGAAAUCGAACAAGAACGAUGGAAGGAGAAAUGGAAGCAUCACAGAUUUUGCUACCCUCUGAGACUGCGGAACGUUGCACGGAGGAAAGCCCUUUGAAAAUAAUUGGCAUUCAUGCUAACCACACAUCCGUGAUACCUCCAAACCCGCAGCUAGCCGCCACAAUGCAGAUUUACUCGUGAAACCAGGAUCUGUUAAAUUCUCUCAUUUGUUCGUUAACAAUCUUCUCUCUUAUUUUCUCAUCUUUUUUUCCUUUGGGGAUAAACGAUCACAUCAAGAAUAAUCAUUUCUGUAGUAGCGAUGAUCACUCGGUGAGGCUAAACUCAUCCACGGUAAUAGAAGCGGUUGAUACAUUUUCCAUCGUUGCUGCUAAUGUAGAUCAUCUGUAGAACAGACAAUUUGAUGUCGCAUGUAACGAAAAAAAAAAUAAAAUGCAAUAGGGUACUCUAGCAAAACUUGUAAUCCAAGUACUUUUGUUAACGAUGGCCCACGUGCAGUUCACGACUGUUGCAGACAACUAGUUCGCUUCCGCUUGUUCAUUUGAGCCAUGAGAAACAUUUUUUAAUUUGCAGAACUGUUCGGUGGAUAAUGCUGAAAGUUAAACCCUUUGAGGAAAUCCAGAUUAGUUCAUAUUCCUAAUUUCUAAAAGUUUUUUUAAGUCAAAAGAAGUAUUCCGGAGUCCAAGUACAGCUACAAUGGUCCUCUACUUGGAUGGAUGACCGAAGAAAGUCCCUCUUUUUUACUAAAUUAAUUCAAAA